AUGAUAAAGUAUCCAGUUGAUCGCAAUUUUGAAACCAUCCUCUACCUGCCUUCAGUACUCCAGAGGAAAAGAUUUGAAGCACCAGGCCCAACAGAAGGUUUGGGAAAAAUAAUACAAAGAUUUCCUCAGAAGGACUGGGAAGACACUCCUUUUCCACAGGGAAUAGAGUUGUUUUGCCAGCCUGGAGGAUGGCAGCUUUCGAAAGAGAGAAAACAGCCAACGUUCUUUGUGGUGGUUUUGACUGAUAUAGACUCAGAGAGGCACUACUGUUCCUGCUUAACUUUCUAUGAAGCAGAGAUUAACCUGCAGGGAACAAAAGAAAUUGAAGGUGAAGAGGAGUCUGGUUUAAUUCCGCCUGCAGAAGUAUUUGCUCCUAAAAGUCUGGUGUUGGUAUCCAGACUAGAUUAUCCAGAAAUUUUCAGGGCUUGCCUUGGCCUGAUCUAUACUGUGUAUGUGGACAGCCUGAAUGUGUCACUGGAGACUCUCAUUGCAAAUCUGUGUUCAUGCCUUGUCCCUGCUUCUGGAGGGUCUCAGAAAUUGUUUUCUUUGGGAGCUGGAGACCGACAACUGAUACAGACUCCUCUGCAUGAUAGCCUUCCUGUUACAGGCACCAGUGUGGCUCUUCUCUUUCAGCAACUGG